ACCAGUUUUCAGACAGUCCACUGUCUAGUACUACGCUCUGUAGGUUUUCACUUUUCACACUUUAGCAUUGCACCCUUUCAUCUCCGACCUCGCCAUACAGUGAGUAGCUGUCAUUGUUGUUGAACUCUUCCCUCACCCGAAUGCAAGUUAUCAAAGGAGGUUGCAUCGGGCAAACCUUUGCCCUAGCAAAAUCCAAUGACUCUGCAGGAGGGAAAAGAUCAAAAAGACGCUCAAAAGAGGAAAGAAAAGAAAUGGUGGAGGCUUUUAUAAAGAGAUAUCAGGGGUCAAAUAAUGGAAGUUUCCCAUCACUGCGUCUCACACGCAAGGAAGUUGGUGGGUCCUACUACACAGUGCGUGAAGUUUUUCGUGAGCUAAUUCAGGAGAAUCGAGUCCUGGCCCCACCUAAAUUGCCUCCAAGUGAGGAGAACAUGGAGAAUCUGGAUAGCUUCUUGGAAAACUACUCAUCGGGUUCCAUUUCAUUUGAUCCAAAAGACAAACAAACACUACUUAAAGAAUAUGAAUUAAGACGCGAAAAAGUUUUGAGUUCAAGAAGGAUCUCUGAACUGCAAAGACGGAAUCUUGAUAAUGAUGAUAUUAUUAUUAAUGGGAGUACUCAUACAACAAUGAAAAAUGAAGAAUUUGAAGAUCCAGGAUAUAAUAAUGGAGCUUUGGAUAGUGAAGUUGAAGAACCAGUGCAUACAGAAUUACUAAUGGAACAGGCUAUGAAAGGACAUAAAGAUGAAACAGAAGAAGUUGAAGUGCAUCAAGGUCAAAUACGUCAUUUUUCAGAAGAUGUAGUGGUAGAGACUUUUCCAUUGAGACCUGUUUCUAGCAUGGUGUAUAACAUUGAUGAGAAAACAAGUGAGAAAGAGGUAUUGGAUGGUGGUAAUGAUGAAAGAUUUGUUCAUGAUGCAAUCAAAGAUGUUAAAUCUGAGGAAACAUUGCCUGCUGAAGACAAAGUAUCUAGUACCCCUAAACAUGGUUCUUUAAGCAAUGAAUCAAGGGAAGCAUCAGGAAUAAAGAAAUCAGAGAGGCAAGCAACUAAUCCGAUCGUGUCAUUCACCAAAACGUUCUUUGCUGCAUUCAUGAAGUUAUGGUCUGAAUAAAUAUUCAACUUCAGGUUUGCUCCUAUAUAAUAUGGAUUUAAUUGGGGUUGGAAGAAAAUAAAUUUUGAUUUGUUUCUUUCAAAGAAAGUUAUUAAGGUUGCAAGUUUGGUUAUUAAUGUGCGUAUUAAUACAAGACAGGAGGCAAACUUCCAUUUUUGGUUGCGGGGCGAGACAUAAAUAUAUAUUGUAAUAUUUAUUUUCUUUGUGAAAAACAUGUAAUGGCUUUGGCAUCAUCCGUUUAUUAUUGAACAUAUUUGGAAAUGUUUUGUUUGUUCAUGCCAAAAACUCGCCAAGAUAUAGCGUGAUUUUUUUUUUGUUAGA